GUAGUCGACUUUGGGAGCAUCCCACUCGCACUUCUCAGGCUUCAGGAACAGAUCAUUAUCCUGAAGGCGGCGCAGAACCUCGCGUGUGACCUUCUCAUGCUCCUCUUUAUUGGUGGAGAAGAUGAGUAUAUCAUCAUGGAAGAUCUCGUUCAUCAUUGCCUGGAAGGUCGCGGGGGAGUUGGUGAGACCAAAGAACAUCACCAAGGGUUCGUACAACCCUCGGUUAGUCACAAAGGCCGCCUUCCAUUCGUCACCGGCUUUGAUCCGGACAUUGUUAUAGCCCCAUCUAACAUC